AUAAUUAUAAUUAAAAAAAAAAUCAUUUUGUUGGUCUUAUAUUUGUUGUUGUUGUAUUUUUGGGUAGUUUUGCACUCUCUUUCUCUGGUUUUAUUGUGUAUGAAAUCUGACCUUCAAAGAUCACUACUUUCUACUUCUUUGAGCUGUAUUGUUGUUAAGGCCUUUCUCUCUUUCAAAAAUCAAAUCUUUCUUUUCUUGCACCGAUGAGGAUUAGAAACAGAAAGGCUCCUUUGCCUCUUUCCUCUCUAUCACCGAUACCUCUCUCAGAUCCCCAGCUUAGCCGGUCUCCGGUGGUGCAACUUCAAUUACACAACAUCCCACAUCAAAAUCUCUUUCAAGAACCUCAAAAGGAUGAAUACUUCGAUCUUCAGCUGCCUUCUAAUCAACUAAAUCAACCGAUCGGAGGUGGAAGCAAAGGUCAUGAUGAUUUCUCCCAUGAUGCUGGACCACAAGAAGAGAACAAGGUUUUGUUGCAAGAGGGUGAUGAGAUUAAGGAAGGAGAAGUAGGAGAGAAGAGUAAUGAUGCCAGGAAGGGAAGUUUCUUGAGCGAAGGAGUGCACGUCACAGUUCUUCAACAAUCUUGUUCUUCCCAUCAAGGAGUUGGGAGAUGGGGUGAGGAAGACAGGGCAUUUCCAUUAAAGAAGAGAAGAGGGAGCUUUAAAAGGAUAUCGAAUGAGGAAACGACAAUGGAUACAAGUAAGAAAAUGAAAACCAAAAUGAAGACAAAGAUGGAAAAAAAAUGUUUGCAACAGAAUGGUGAUAGUGAAGAAGAUGACACGGAAACAAAAGAAGGUGCUAGCUCCAAUGUAAAAACGAAGGCUGGGGGUGGUGCACUAUUGGAGGGAUCCCGGUGCAGUCGUGUUAAUGGAAGAGGAUGGAGAUGUUGCCAGCAAACCCUUGUGGGAUACUCUCUUUGCGAACAUCAUUUGGGUAAAGGAAGGCUAAGAAGUAUGAAUAGUGUUCGAAGCCGAUCUAUUGCUACAACUGUACCAAAGAAGGACGAGUAUGGUGCAUUAUCGAGCCCUUCAUUAUUAUUGUCGAUGAAGAAAGAAGAGAUUAAGGGCGAUUCUUUAGAUGAUAAAUUGUCGCUGAAGGAAGAAGAGAUUAAGGGGGAUUCUUUAGAUGAUAAAGUUAGUGGUGCUGCAUAUAAUGAAGAUGAUAAGGAGAAGCCAUUAAUGAUCUCAAGGAGGAAGAUGAAGUUUGGUAUGGUAAAAGCUCGAUCAAUAAGCAGCUUGUUGGGCCAAGCAAACAAUGCAAUGGGAGUGGCUGAGGAUAACGAGUAGGGAAGACCUCCAGAUCGUGUCGGGUUCUACCUAAUCAAUGCUAUAGAGCAAGUUCUUUUUCUUUUUGAGAGUCUUGGUGAAGAACGGAAGGGUAAAUGCUUUGUAACAUCUUUUCUUUCUCUUGUAAUGCUUUAGUAAUCGUUUUCUUUUUCUUUUUUACAAUUUGUUUCUGAAACAGUUUUUAUCUUUUUGUUUAAUGCUUUUGUAUGAUGAGUGCUGGGUUUAUGUAUGUUAAUGAAAAUGAAGGAGGUCACAUGGAGUUUAUUUUCUGUU